AUGGCGUCGGCGUCGGCUGCGGCUUCGGCUGAAAGAAUCAAGCGGUUGCUCGUGGCCAACAGGGGUGAAAUCGCCAUCCGAAUGAUCUCGAGCGCGCGCGAGCUCGGCAUCCACACGGUCGCCAUCUACACGGCCGACGACGCCAACCAUGCGGUGCACGCAGACGAGGCGCUGCUGGUGCAGUCGGCGGGCGACUUCAUGAACGGCGAGCUGCUGAAGCAGCUGUGUGUCGACCAGCAAAUCGACGCCGUGCACCCGGCGUACGGCUUCCUGUCGGAGAACGCAGACUUUGCCGCCUCCCUCGAGACGGCGGGCAUUCGCUUUGUCGGCCCGACGCCCGACGUGCUGCGCCGCACCGGCGACAAGACGGACGCGCGCGCCCUGGCCGAAUCGUGCGCCGUCCCCGUGCUGCCCGCCCUGAGGGAGGCCAUCUCAGACCUCGACCGUGCCGCCGCCUUCGUCGCCCACACGGGCUUCCCGUUGAUGAUCAAGGCGGUCGACGGCGGCGGCGGCCGGGGCAUCCGGCUGGUCACCCGGCCCGAGGAUCUGAGCCAUGCCUUUGAUCGCGCCCGCGGAGAGUCGCCCGGCGGGAAGGUGUUUAUCGAGAAGGCCGCGGUCGAUGGCUACCGCCAUGUCGAGGUGCAGAUCAUCGGCGACGGACGCGGCCAGGUCGCGCAUCUGUGGGAGCGCGAGUGCAGUAUCCAGCGAAGAUUCCAGAAAAUGGUCGAGCUUGCCCCAUCAACCAUCAAAGAUCGCGCCCUAGUGGCCCAGGUGAUUCAGAGCGCGGUGAACCUGGCCAAGUCGAUCCAAUAUCGAUCCCUAGGCACGUUCGAAUUCCUGGUUCACGAGUCCCGGCCGGAAUUCUACUUCCUCGAAGUCAACCCGCGGCUGCAGGUCGAACACACCGUGACCGAGGAGAUUGCCGACGUCGACCUGGUGCGAGCGCAGCUGCUGAUCGCGCAAGGUGCCAGCAUCGACAGCCUAGGUCUGCCGUCGACAUCCACAUCCACGGAUCCCACCGCGUCGGCCAGCCAGCCGCCCAAGAUGGUGGCGAUCCAGUUGCGCGUCACGGCCGAAGAUCCCGCCCAAGGCUUCGCGCUCAGCAUGGGCCGCAUCACGCAGUUCCACAGCCCCGGGGGCCGCGGGGUGCGAGUCGACACGCACCUGAGCGGCAGCCGGCCCACUGUGGUCGGGUCGUCGUUUGACUCGCUGCUGGCCAAGAUCAUCGUGAGCGCGCCGUCACGCGAAGAGGCGCGGCUGAAGGGCCUGCGGGCUCUGAGCGAGCUGGCCGUGCACGGAGUCAAGACAAACCUGUCCGUGUUGCUGGGCACGCUGGCAUCGGCCGACUUCCAGGCCUCGCGCUGCUCCACGCGCUGGCUGGAGGCGAACCUCGACCAAAUCCGUCAGCUCGGCCAGAGUCUGGAAGCGUCCACUCUCGGCGCAAAGGAGAAGGGGCCGUCCUUUGCCGCCUCCGGGGCCGACGCUGCCGCCUCCUCGGCCAGCGCCGGUAUUGGCGGGUCGUCCAGCCUGCUCUUCAAGAAGGGUGACUCGUUCCGCGUCACGCUGAGCGAACUGCACGAGGGCGGCGCCAAGGGGCCGGAACGCGAGCACCUCGUCGUGCUCGACCGCAUUGUGAACAACGACUUUCCCACCCUGAUCGCCGGCGACGUCUCGCUCGUCACCGACGCCGCGGGCCUCAAGACGACCAAGAAAUUCACCGCCAGCUUGGCCGCCUCCGCCGCCGGCUCGGGCCUGGCCUCGUCGCAUCACCGGAAAGGUGACCCGUCCAACCCCCACCACAUCACUCUGCCCUUUCCCGGCACCGUGGUCGAGCUGCCCGUGCAAGUCGGCGACGAGGUGCGCGACGGCGAGGUCGUCAUGGUCGUCCAGCAGAUGAAGAUGGAGUUGGAGGUCCGCGCUCCCACGGCCGGCCUGCUGACCUGGGUCUGCGAUGUCGACGAGGGAGAGACGGUCGGCGAGGGCAUGUUGGUGUGUGAGAUCCAGCCGCUGAAGGUGAAGGAGGCCGGCGCCAGCGGGCCAGGUUUGUCUGCCAAGUUGUAA